AGUGACAGUCUUCUAACAGGCCAACGGCAGCACUCUGUCACUUUCAAGAGACUCCACCAACUAGCUGAAGUUACUGUGCUGUAGUGUUUCUUAAAAUUGGUAAAACCUUUUAAGGUGUUUUUCGGGUGGGGUUAUCUGUAAGUCAAGCUUCUGUCGGGCACAUGACAGCUUUUUUAAUAAUAGCCUUUAGAAUACUUUUACCCGUCCACUGCUGGAAUGGACUGAGGUGACAGAGAGUGAGUAACCAGACUGGGGCAGACCACAGGAGGACGAAGCUGUCUGACUUGGAAUGACUUUCUAUCAGGAGGAAUUACAGUUGGCUCAGCCAGGACAGCAAGGCAACUGAGGGAGUCUCAUCAAUACAAGUCAAUUUAGUUGCUUGGUGAGCUGGACCAAAUCUCAUGGAUACCCCUUCAAUGGUCCUGCUAGGGCUCCUUCUUGCAUAUGGAUCUGUCUGUCAGAUUCAGGGGAGUGUUUCAGAGAGCCACCACAGCAGUACAGUGGCUCAAGAAUUUGAGAGUAGUGAUGAUGGCUUUGAAAGAGAAUUUUUAUAUGCUGGAAGAAGCAAACGUGCUCCUGCGGACCAACAGCAGGACAAGUGCUCUUACACUUUCAUUGUGCCACAACAAAAAGUGACAGGGGCUAUCUGUGUCAACUCCAAGGAACCAGAGGCCAUGCUGGAGAAUCGGGUCAACAAGGAGGAGUUAGAGUUGCUGAAUGUGGAGCUACAGAAACAAAAGAGGCAGAUUGAGACUCUACAACAAUUGGUAGAAGUAGAUGGAGGCAUUGUUAAUGAGGUCAAGCUUCUGAGGAAAGAAAGCCGAAACAUGAAUUCUAGAGUUACACAGCUAUAUAUGCAAUUGCUUCAUGAGAUCAUCCGGAAAAGGGACAAUGCCCUUGAAUUGGCUCAGAUGGAGAACAAAAUCCUUAACCAAACUUCAGAGAUGCAACAACUCACCAGUCGGUACAGAGACUUGGAACAUAAGUACCAGCACCUGGCUUCUUUGGCUACUAACCAGUCUACUCUUAUUGCCCUGCUGGAGGAGCAGUGCCAGGGUCGACCUCCUCCCCGACAUGUCCCUGUGCCACAGCCACGAGCUCAGCCACCUCGACCAUCACCACCCCUCAACAAGCCUUACCAGCCACCAGUCCUACCUCGCAUCAACAAACCAAUCAGCAAUGAGAUACAGAAUGAUCAGAAGUCUCUUCCACCUCCAACUAUGCCGACGAUCACACACAGUCCAUCUUCCACUGACAAACCCUCUGGUCCAUUCAAGGACUGCCUGCAGGCUCUUGAAGAAGGUCACACCAACAGCGACAUGUACUUGUUAAAACCAGAGAACGCCAAUCGUCUAAUGCAGGUGUGGUGUGACCAGAGACAUGACCCAGGUGGCUGGACUGUAAUCCAGAGGAGAGUGGAUGGCUCUGUCAACUUUUUCAGGAACUGGGAGACAUACAAGCAAGGGUUUGGAAAUAUCGAUGGAGAGUACUGGCUCGGGCUGGAAAAUAUUUAUUGGCUGACUAACCAGGGAAACUACAAACUGCUGGUAACACUGGAGGACUGGUCCGGCCGGAAAGUCUUUGCCGAGUACGCCAGCUUCCGAGUGGAACCCGAGGCUGACUUCUAUAAGCUAAGGGUGGGUCGUUACCAUGGCAACGCUGGCGACUCCCUCACUUGGCACAACGGGAAACAGUUCACAACACUGGAUAGAGACCACGAUGCUUAUACAGGUAAUUGUGCCCACUACCAGAAGGGAGGCUGGUGGUACAACUCUUGCGCCCAUUCUAAUUUAAAUGGGGUCUGGUACAGAGGAGGACACUACCGAAGCCGCUACCAAGAUGGAGUCUACUGGGCCGAGUUCAGAGGCGGAGCCUAUUCCCUAAAGAAAGUGAUCAUGAUGAUCCGUCCAAACCCAAACACUUUCCACUAGCCAUCAAAAGUCACAUGUUGAAUGUUCCAUGCAAGAAGAGACACACCUAAAGGUUCCUCAGUGUGUUUACCAACAUAAAAUAAUGCCCUUUUCAUGGUUCUUAGUAACGGUAUCAGUAUAUUGCUCAGGUGCAUUACUGUAAAGUGCAGUUCACUUGAAAUGUUCUCUCUCUCUGUUUGUCAUGUGAGCAAAUGAGGACACGUUGCAUUUAUACCACGAUCCCAGACAGACUCCAAGGUGAAACAAAUGAAAGCUCUUUCUACGUCCUUCAAGUCACUUGUGUGCAACAUAACAUAAACAUCUCUUUUGACAAAAUGAACCGAUAGGAAACAAACUGUAAUCAAACUUAAGCGUCUUGAAUACACAUAUGUGACACCUUUACAUCAUACUGGCUGGAUAUCCAGUUGACCUUUGUGUGACAAAAAGUAACAUUUUAUCCACUCAUUAAACCCUAUUACAAAGGGAAAUUAGAUAGAUUUGUCAUUGGAACCAUACAAUCUAUUUUCUACAUACAGUAUAUUGAGUUGUACCAUUAUGCAGUACCAGUGACACAGGAAAUGUAUCCCAUGACAUUUUUCAUCUAAAUAUGUUUAUAAUUCAUCAGAACAGUAAGGUUUUUUUGUUUUGUUUUGUUUUUAUGGGUCUAGGUUGCUAUAUAGGCCAAAAUCAUAGUAUGGUGUACAAAAUAUUGCAAUAAUCCUGUCCCCCCGACAGCUGACUUUGACGUGUUUUCUUUGAUUAUUACAGUAUUCUCUCCAACCGCUUUAACCUUUAUUCAUGUAUUUGCUUGUAUGAAUCAAGCAUUGUAUUUACUGUAUAAAUCUAGAGGUUGUUGAUGUCUA